UUCGAGACUACAAGAAUAGUUAUAAAAAAAAAAGAGCGUAUUGGGGUCUACGCAUUUCCUCUUGACUUUCACUUUUAACACUCACACUCAGCGACCAGUAGCGCGUGAACUGCCCUUCCUCCGGCGGAUUUCAUCCGUCGCUGCUUCCAGCAUAAUUUGAUUACAAAGAUGAGUUCAAGAUGGGAUGGAAAACCUUCAAAUGCUGUUAGUGGUAACAACUCGUCAUCCAAGGGGAAAAAUUCUUCUCACGUCUCUAGCCCUAAGUUAGAGCAGUUGAGUCAAAGUGUGGCCGACAUUAAUUUGGAUGCUACAGAAGAUGAUGGACAAUGGGAGGUCAUUGCCAGGAAGACUAAGAACAGAGCUGGAAGCAGUGCUGCAAAACCAUGGGGUUCCCAGAAUUCCAAUACUAAAGCAUGGGAACAUCAAGAUACAGUACAGAAACUAGGCAUGAGGAGCAAUGGUGGAUCUGGGAGGAUGUCAGGUAAUACUAGGCCCACUCAGGCAACUGGCAGAGGAAAUACCAGACCUCAAUCAUCCAAUUGGGGCAUGGAGAACAACUAUGUGGCUCCACAGCCUACAAUUCCCCCACCUCUGGAGCAUGGAUGGAAUUGGCAAUCAAGAUUUGGUGCUGCUGCGCCAAAGGGUUCAGUAGAUGAUCAGAGGAAAGAUGAAGAUUUUGUGGACCAGGAAAAUGAUGCUGAUGAGGAAGAAGAUGAAGCCAUCGAUGAUACAGAUGAUGAGGUUUUGAGUGAGGAUUUUGAUUCAGAUGCUAGUCAAAAGAGUCAUGAGACUCGCAAGAAGAGUAGAUGGUUCAAGAAAUUUUUUGAUAGUUUAGACAGUUUGACUGCUGAGGAGAUCAAUGAACCAGCAAGGCAGUGGCACUGUCCAGCAUGCCAAGGUGGUCCUGGUGCCAUUGAUUGGUAUAGAGGCUUGCAGCCCCUUAUGACACAUGCAAAAACUAAAGGAUCAAACAGGGUGAGGCUCCAUCGUGAGCUAGCAGAACUUUUGGAUGAGGAGUUGCAUAGAAGGGGAACUUCUGUUAUUCCAGCAGGGGAAGUAUUUGGUAAAUGGAAAGGAUUAAAAGAAGAGGAGAGUGACCGUGAAAUAGUUUGGCCUCCGAUGGUUAUCAUCAUGAAUACAAGACUUGAACAAGAUGAAAAUGAUAAGUGGACUGGGAUGGGCAAUCAAGAGCUUCUUGACUAUUUCAAUGGUUAUGCUGCUACCAAGGCUAGACAUUCAUAUGGUCCACAGGGACAUAGGGGGAUGAGUCUUCUGGUAUUUGAGAGCUCUCCAAGGGGUUAUUUAGAAGCUGAGCGUCUGCAUAAGCAUUUUGUAGAUCAAGGAACAGAUAGAAAUGCUUGGGAUCGUCGGCGGGUCUUAUUCUAUCCUGGUGGGAAGCGCCAACUCUAUGGUUACAUGGCUGUGAAGGAAGACUUAGAAAUCUUCAAUCAGCAUUCACAAGGGAGGUCAAAGCUGAAAUAUGAGAUGCGGUCUUACUUUGAAGUGGUAGUGAAUGAAAUCAAUCGGAUGAGUGAGGAUAACCAGCAACUUACAUGGUUGAAGAGCAAGGUUGUGAAGGAACAAAGGCGGACUAAAACUCUUGAAGAAUCUCUUGAAAUAGUGUCUGACAAGCUGCGGAAGACAACAGAGGAAAAUCGCAUUGUAAGACAGAGAACCCAAAUGCACCAUGAACAGAGUCAGGAAGAGUUGGAUUGCCAAGAGCAAUUUUUCAAGGAGCAGCUCAAGGUUGUUCACGAAGCAAGGGAUGCUAAGGAGGAGGAUUUUGAGAAGCUACAACAGAAGGAACGUGAGAAAGCAAAGCAGCUAGGUGCAGAUCCAUCUAAUGCAGAAGAAUAUAAACGCAGGGUGGAAAAAAUGGAGAAGUUCAUACAAUUUCAAGACAGAGAAAUUGAAGACUAUGUAGUUGAGAGGGAUGGGCUUAUUAAAGCACACGAGGACAGAGUGGCUGCAAUGAAGAAGAGGCACUGGGAAGAAGAAUUUGAGUUGGAGAAACAGUUUAAUGCUGAGCUGGCAUCCCUGAUGGAGAAGCACACCCCUCAGCCAACUAAGUAAACUUUGAUAUUCCAUGAGAGGAGGCAUGGGAUAUUCAUAUUAAAUAGAAGAGCAGCAGAAACUUUAAAUUACAGGUUCCUACAAAAUCAAGACAUGGUUGAUAAUUUUCUCUUACUAAAUUACAAGGAGGAGCAUCAUAAUAGGAAAAAUAUAGCCAAAUCUGUAAGACUUUUUACUUUGAUUUGCUGUAACGAGUAGUUCUAAUAUGGCGCAAUUUUUAUAGUCCUGGAUUGGAUUACUUUA